AUGAUGAUGACGACGAUAGGCAUGUAUAUAAUCCCUUUCUUAGCUCUACUACUGACGCUUGAUACAACAAAUGGUUUCCUUUCAUCGAGUAUUGGAGGCAGAUAUUCAUCCACAGUAGUUCUUAUUGGUGGUGGCUCCAACCACCACAAGAAUGUCGUCAUCACAUCAUCAUCAUCAUCAUCGUCGUCGUCGUCUUUAGCGUCGUCUCAAUCCAAUGAUGAAGACGAAGCUGCCAGACUCAAGAAAAAAGCGGAAGAACUAAGAGAUCAGAUUCGAAACUUGGAAGAGAAUCUGGACCGAAAGCCAGGUAAUGAAUACUACAGAGAUCCAAUGAUGAUGGCCGCAACAACAACGCCAGAGGAAGAGGCAGAGCAAGGCAUGUCCUUGAAAAAGAGACGAGUGUUGGUCGUGGGAGCCAAUGGACGGCUUGGGAGCAUGGUGUGUCGUCAUUUGCUCCGGAAUAAUCCACAAACAGAAGUCGUUGCUUGCGUUCACUAUGUUGGCGAAGACAGUCCUACGUCUCGUGGCUAUGCAAGACUCAGUUAUGAAGUUGGUGCGGAAGAUGGGGUUGGAAGCAUUGGAUCCGCAUGGAGUGGAGAAGAUCGUGUGGCGACUUUUGAAUAUGCCGACUAUAUGAAGGAUUACAACUUGCAGAACCUACGACUUGUGGAAUGUGAACUUUUGGACCCAGUUCAAUGCCAAACAAUUUGCGAAGGAGUUGACAGCGUCGUUUGGUGUGCCACCGACUUUAAUGGAAACCAACCACGUGCCCUCGGAUUGAACUUUGCGUUCUUGUUCCGAGCGGUUGCAGCCCCGACCAAGGGUAGGGUGGAAGUGGAAGGUCUACGCAACAUGCUGGGAGCUCUCAAACUAGCAAAGCAAGAUGCUGCAGACCGACCCUCAAUGCCGAAAGGAGGAAAACCUCCAAUUAACUUUGUCCAUGUGUCGGCGGCACCCAACUCCCUCGCGGACUUUGAAACACCAUUCGGUACAUUUCAUGGACAAAAGCGAGAAGGAGAGGUAAUGGUCAGCACCGAAUUUCCUAGUCUGUCACAUAUCAUUUUGCAAAUGAGCACAUUUGAUGACAACUUUGUCGAAGAAGGCAAGGAGAUUGUCAUGGAGGAAACUGGCAACAAAGAAUUCGACGGUGUAAUCAAGAGGCAAAGGAUAAAUAGAAGAGAUGCUGCCAGGGCAGUAUCCGAGGCUUUGACAAAUGAAGAUAUGGAAGGCAAAAUGUUCCAAUUAUACACCGAUCAAAAGGUGCUGAAAUAA